CCAGACACGACGGUGGAUAGAAAGAUGGCAGCUGCGUCUCCCAGCUCCCGGCUUCAGCGACUGAGAAGCUCUUCCCUAAGCCACGAGAGCUUGUGGGGCUCUCCAGAGGCCUGGCCUCUCAGGGAUGAGGCGAGAGCUCGAGUGCUGGUGCUCAACACCGGGGGCACCAUUGGCAUGGGGGGCACCGAGAGUGACGGAGGGCUUGCUCCUCAGAUGAAUAAGUUGGUGGCUGCCUUGAAAAAAAUGCCUAUGUUACAUGAUGAGGAAUAUGCAAGGGCAGCACAACUCUGUGAAUCCUCUGAGUUUGCAGACAACACCUUGGUGCUUCCGCUCUCUAAAAGAAAGAAAAGAAUAAUCUAUACUAUUCUUGAGUAUUCACCUCUGCUUGAUUCUUGUAACAUGACAACAGACGACUGGGCUAAGAUUGCCAAAGAUCUUGAGACCUACUAUGAAAAGUAUGAUGGCUUUGUGAUCCUUCACGGGACGGACACCAUGGCCUACACAGCAGCUGCUCUAUCCUUCAUGUGCGAGAAUGUUGGAAAAACCAUUGUUCUGACGGGAUCCCAGGUACCUAUUUAUGAACUGAGGAAUGAUGGACGUUCAAACCUCCUGGGAGCACUUCUGAUUGCUGGACAAUUUGUCAUUCCUGAGGUAUGCUUGUAUUUUCAUCACAAACUGUACAGGGGAAACCGGGUGACCAAAGUGGAUACUGGAAGUUUUGAUGCAUUCUCUUCACCUAACCUGCCUCCCCUUGCGAAUGCUGAGGUGGAUAUGAAAAUUGACUGGGGAAUAGUAUGGCGAGCCAACACCACAAAGAAGUUUGAGGUCCAGACUGAAAUGAACAGGAAUGUGGGAUUGCUGAGGAUUUUUCCAGGAAUUACUGCCUCCACUGUGAAAGCAUUUCUUCAGCCUCCAAUGGAAGGGAUAGUGCUGGAAACCUACGGAUGUGGCAAUGCCCCAAACAACCGUCCUGAUUUGCUGGAAGAGUUGAGGCAAGCCACGAAAAGGAAUGUGGUGAUCCUAAACUGCACACAAUGUCUGCGAGGCUCCGUGGCAUCCACCUAUGCAACUGGACAGGACCUCAUUCAUGUUGGAGUGGUUUCAGGAGGGGAUAUGACCCCUGAAGCAUCCUUGGCAAAGCUCUCAUAUGUGCUUGGCAAAAGACAUCUUUCCUGGAAGGAGAAGAAGGAGAUGUUGGGUGACAACCUCAGAGGGGAAAUGUCUUCUGCGUUCAUGGGAACCCACUGCUCCUUGGGGAACAGCAAGUUUCUUAACGUGAUGGCCAAAUUUAUAAGUCUUAACUGCAAAGAGGAGUUUGGUGCUUUAAUUCCAUCUCUGACUUGUGCUGCUGCUAAAAUUGGUGACUUGGAUGCACUGAAAGCCAUUGAAGAAAUGGGUGGAAACUUGAGCUGUGAAGAUUAUGAUGGCCGAACUCCCCUUCAUGUUGCAUCAAGUGAAGGGCAUGUUCAUUUGGCUGAGUACUUACUGAAAAGAGGAGCGAGUGUCUACACUAAAGACAGAUAUGGUGCCACCCCACUGAUGAAUGCCAUCGAAUUCAGGAACAAGGAUGUAAUACAGCUUCUUCGGAAAACAGGGGCACACCUUUCCAGUGAAGAGCUGAAGCAUGUUGGAACCAAACUUUGCCUUCUCACUGCUAAUGGAGAUGUGGAUGGACUGAUGGCUUGGCAUCUUGCAGGCGUAGACAUGCAACACACCGACUAUGGUGGCAGAACACCUCUCCAAGUAGCAAAGGCUGCGAAGGACAACCAAAUGCUGGAUUUCCUGAACCAGUUGAAAGCAAGAGGAGGUGUCUCAAGAUGAACAUUUUGCACUAAUUUCUAUUGGAAAGAUGUUUGAAUUGGUCAUGACGGUAUUCAUUGAAUGUCUAAACUUGAUGAAAAUGGUAGGGACUGUACUUAGAUUUCUUAGUUCUUGUGUAUGGGGAAUGCAACCGGGCACUUGUGUAAGCCUGAAAUAUUUAGAGCUGGAAUGUAAAACAUCUUCUUUAAAAACAUGUUCAUGUUUUUACCUCCCA